GGUCGCGGGAGGGAGCGGCGGGGGCCCGCGGGGCGUGACGCACCGAGGCUGGGAGGGCGCGGGGCGGGGCGGCCAGGCGGGCUGCAUAUAAGGGCGGCCGCUGGGCGCGGAGAGCCGGAGCGAGCGACUUCGUCGGAGAGCAGAGCCCGAGCCCCCGCCGGAGCCCGAGCAGAGCCGCCCGGCCGCUCAGCCCCGCGCGCUCCGGCCACCCUCUGCGCUUCUCUCGGCCCCGCCCCUGCCCCCGCGGCCCCUCCGCCCAAUGAAACUGGCCGCGAUGAUCAAGAAGAUGUGCCCGAGCGACUCGGAGCUGAGUAUCCCGGCCAAGAACUGCUACCGCAUGGUCAUCCUCGGCUCGUCCAAGGUGGGCAAGACGGCCAUCGUGUCGCGUUUCCUCACGGGCCGCUUCGAAGACGCCUACACGCCCACCAUCGAGGACUUCCACCGCAAGUUCUACUCCAUCCGCGGCGAGGUCUACCAGCUCGACAUCCUCGACACGUCCGGCAACCACCCGUUCCCGGCCAUGCGGCGCCUCUCCAUCCUCACUGGAGACGUUUUCAUCCUGGUGUUCAGCCUGGACAACCGCGAUUCCUUUGAGGAGGUGCAGAGGCUCAAGCAGCAGAUCCUCGACACCAAGUCUUGCCUCAAAAACAAAACCAAGGAGAACGUGGACGUGCCUCUGGUCAUCUGCGGCAACAAGGGCGACCGGGACUUCUACCGCGAGGUGGAGCAGCGCGAGAUCGAGCAGCUGGUGGGGGGCGACCCCCAGCGCUGCGCCUACUUCGAGAUCUCGGCCAAGAAGAACAGCAGCCUGGACCAGAUGUUCCGGGCGCUCUUCGCCAUGGCCAAGCUGCCGAGCGAGAUGAGCCCAGACCUGCACCGCAAGGUGUCGGUCCAGGACUGCGAUGUGCUGCACAAGAAGGCGCUGCGGAACAAGAAACUGUUGCGAGCCGGCAGCGGCGGCGGCGACCGGGGCGACGCCUUCGGCAUCGUGGCGCCCUUCGCGCGCAGGCCCAGCGUGCACAGCGACCUCAUGUACAUCCGCGAGAAGGCCAGCGGUGGCGGCCAGGCAAAGGACAAGGAGCGCUGCGUCAUCAGCUAGGAGCCCUGCAACCCCCGCGCCGGCGACAGAUCCUAAGGAGGACCUUUUUGUUUAAAAAUCAAAUCUGACGUCUGGGCGAGCCCGCUGCGCCCCGGCCGCGUGCGCGCGCUGACCGGCGUCUUCCUUCCCGGUGACCCGGGCCCCGCGCACUGGGGAGGCGCAAACGAACCGAGAAGGGACCGUCAUCUGCUCUGGAAGGAAAGAGGACUGGCUGACACCGGGAGUCCCCCACCGCGGAUUCCCCGUGGGCGCCGCCACGCCCGGACUUGGGGGUGCGGGCCCAGCCGCGGGUGAAUUUGUCUUUUCUAAUAAAGAGCUAAGAAUGGGGAGGGAGUGGAAGUUGAUCAUCCCGUUAGGCUUGAAGAAACCCGUCCUGGCGGCUGGAGCAGCCGGCAGCACAAAUGGGGCAUUACCUUGUGCUUCUGGGUUGCCAGGACGGCUGGUGAAAACCUUUGCCCUCCUGAAACGGAGGCCAAGUGACUUGUUUACAUUUGUGUGUGAAAUUGCACAAAGAAAAAACAAAACAUAAAACUUGCACUUUAAUAGUAGCUCUGGUAUCGUGGACAUGAACAAAAUCUUACCCAGGUGUUUAUACUGUGUGUGUGGUUAUUGUUAUCGGUUUUUUAAUAUAAAAUAAAACAGAAAACCUA